AUGCCAUUGCCCGUAAGAAAUCAAGAAUAUUCCAGAUAUCGAAAUAUCAUCGGAAUGAUAUUAGGAAUUCCAUUAUUAUUUUUAUUAAUCAUUUGUCCAUUCUUGGAAUUUUUAAAUAUUCAAUUUUCUCAAUAUAUUCCUGGGCCAACUAAAGCCAAAUGGGAAAAAUUUAUUGUCGAGGGUUUUUAUAUCCUUGUAUGGUGGAUAGUUGCUGCUAGUAUUUAUACCACAUAUAUGGUAGUAUAUGAUCAGGACGAAAUCCACAAUAUUCCAUUCUUUUGUCCAACAUCAUACGACUACCAAUCUAAACUUAUACGAGCAGCAUGUAAAAUAAGAUUUUUAGACAUGAUUUGUAUGUGGUUAUAUGUUUUAUUUAGUAUUCUAUGGUAUGGUGCUGGAAUUUUGGAUUAUUUGCCGAGAAAAGAAGAUAUGAAAUGGUGGAAUGAAUGGUUUGGUGACGAAGAAAAUCAGAAAAAAGAAUUUACAACUAAUCAAACAGAUAUGGUAGAAUGGGUACAAUCAUCGAGAAGAGAAUCCUUUGCGAGAUAA